AUGGGUGUGCUGGUGCUGGUGCUGGGCGCGCUGCUGGGCGCGCCGUGGCGGGCGCUGCACGGGGCGCCGCUGGCCGAGCUCUCGGGGGACCAGGACUUCCAGCUCUUCCUGCACAAGAACCUCGAGUUCACCCGCAAGAUCAAGGGGGAUGUGGCCGCGCUGCAACGCGUGGUGUGCGACACCUUCCAGCUGUGCAAGGAGGAAGAGCUGCUGCUGGUGCAGCAGGACCUGCGCAUCACGCAGGUGGCCCUGGAGCAGUGCCACCGCCCCAGCUUCCAGGCGGAGGCUUGCUUCAGCCAGAUCCGCGACGGGCUCCACGCCUACCACAGCUCCCUCACCGCUGUCCUGGAGCUGCUGCCCUCGCACGCCGGCCUGGUGGAGACGCUGCAGCUGGACGCGGCCAACCUCUCCUCCAACAUCCAGCAGCAGAUGGAGGACCUGGGCCUGGACACGGUGACGUUCCCCGCCGAGGGCCGCGGCCCCCUCCCCGCCUUCUCCUCCCGCUUCCAGCACCAGGUCGGCGGCUUCCUCAUCCUGGCCAACUUCCAGCGGUUCCUGGAGACGGCGUACCGGGCGCUGCGGCACCUCGCCCGCCUCUGACGCCCGGCCCCGCGCCGCCCCGCGCUAUUUAUUCCCCAGCCCCAGCGACCUUCCCCGCUUAUUUAAUAUUUAUCGCUAUUUAAUAUUUAUCCGGCCGGGGAGGCUCCCCCCUGCCCUUCGGUCCCCAAGCAGGGCAGCCAGCCCUGCGGUGGCAUCCGCGCACGGGCGUCUGUGCGCAGCAUCGCCCUUGUUUAAUAUUUAAACAAAAGAGUAUCUCUGCUAGGAGUUUUGGGAGCCGGGCCAAGCCUUGGCUCCUGCACCGCCUGCACCGGGAGCUGCGGUGACCCCGCGGCGUCCCGCUGAGCCCAGGGGAAUCCGCCUUCGUCCGCAGCUGGAGAUGCUCCGGAGCAGCACCUCCCUGCCCAGGCUGCAGCCUGCGGGGACAGAGCUGACGGGCGUUAUUCCUAUUAGGCUUAUUCACGUUAAUUAAUAUUUAUUAGCCGUUAGGUUAGGAGGGAGGGGAGGACGG